AUCACGGGCUCAUCCGUGGACGAGCCCGAUCUUUUCCCCGCGGGAUUCGGCCGCGAGGUCGAAGGAAGAGGGCUCGUCGUGCCGUGGUGCAACGACGUGCGGGUGGAACUCGGUUCUGGAGAGCGUGUGGUGGGAAGUCCCAAUGCUGUGCUUCCCGCUGUUCACGGAUCAACCCGCGAACAGGAGACUCGUGGUCGAGGACUGGAAAGUCGGGAUCAACCUUUGUGAUGGAAAGGCGGUCGAAAGGGAAGAAGUUAGGGGGAAAGCGAAGCGUCUCAUGAGUAGGGGUGCCACAAGGGAGAGAUUUGGAGAGAACGUGAAAGUGCCUAUACCAAAGGACAAGCUCACAAUCGAUGACAAGAAAAAACUCUCUUUGAGUGCCAAAGCAUUAAACAUAUUGUUUUGUGCAUUGGGUCCAGAUGAGUUUGCUAGAGUGAGCUCUUGCAAAUCCGCAAAGGAAGCAUGGAAGCUCCUAGAAGCCACCAAUGAAGGAGAUAAAGACACAAAAGCUACCAAGAUAGCUUUAGGAACAUCCGAGUACGAAAACUUCAAGAUGAAGGCCGGAGAAUCCGUUCAAGAUAUGAACAAACAAUUCAACCUUAUUGUCAACAAUUUGAGUAAGCUAAAUAAAGUUCAUCCUACUAGUGAGAUUAACACCAAAAUUAUAUUCUCUCUUCCUAGAGAGUGGCAUAGUCUUGUUGUAAAUUUGUUGCCCAAAUGUGCGGAUGUUGAAACCUCCACCAUUUGGAGCAGCCUAUACUCUCAUGAGCUUCUUUUGAAGAAAAUGAAGGGAGAAGAACAGGUUCCUGUCAUCAAGAAGACCAUGGCACUCAAAAUUGAUGACCAUCCGGAGAGCGAAGGAGAAAGUGACGAGGAACUCGCCAUGUUCAAGAGAUACAAAAAAUUCAUGAAAUGGAACAAGGGCGAAUCCUCAAAGAAAUUUCCACCAAAGAAAGGUAAAUCAAAUCAAAUAACUUGCUAUGAAUGUGGAAAUAUAGGGCAUAUCAAGCCGGAAUGUCCAAAUCUCAAAAAGAAGGAAGAGCUAAGAAAGGGGAAGAAGAAAGCAUUGAAGGUCACUUGGGAUGACUUGAAAUCCGACGAAAGUGAUAGUGACCAAAGCCAAGAAGAAAAUGCCAAUGCUUGCUUCAUGGCCUCCAAUGAUGAAGAAGAGAAGGUUGGCAAGAAAAGAGUUCUCAAACCUGAAGAAGAAUACACGGAUGAUGAUUUCAAGAAGGUCGAACAAAAUGCUAAAGCUCUACACCUUGUUUAUUGUGCCAUGAACGUGGAAGUAUUCCAAACAUUCUCGGGUUAUACAUCGGCCAAGAAGUUAUGGGACGACAUUCAAGAGAAAUACGAAGCUCUUGAAGAAGCAAUUGAAGAACCUCACACCUGCUUCAUAGCCAAUGAAGAAGAAGAGGAAAAUGCAGGGGGUGGAACGUGGUUGAAGCUUGUGAUGUCUGUGAGGACGAAGCCAGGGAUACACAAGACAACCAAAAGGACGAAGGUUUUGAUAUUUGACAAACACAAUCUAUUCAAGUCAAGAUCAAAGUGCUACAACGACAAACACGAAGACUUGAAGUGCCUUUCCUUGAAGUAUUCAAGAAGGCCAAAUGUCCAAGACUUACCCACAAAUAGGUUCAUCCUCCUCAAAAUCCUCAAAGAAAAUGUCAUCCUGGUCCUUAACAAAGAUAAACAAGUUGGGGUUUAUGAAUGCACUCUCUUAUAUUGGCUCUUCACUCACAAGAAAAUAAAUCUUCCUUCCAUCAUCCUUAAACACAUGCACGAAUGCUCCAAUCGCCUAAACAAACCCUAUUGCAUGCUUCAUACCCACAUGUUUGCCAAGAGGGAAAUUCUUGAGGUGCGCCCUUCUCGUGUCCGCUAUCUUGACGCGGAGUGCCUUGGCUAUUGUGGCCUUGUAAAGAUUGGAGAGGAGUAUUACAUGAAGAAGGAGUUUCAAAAUCUUGAUGAAGCGACACGAGCGGAGUAUGGUCCUCGGCGUUCUAUGUCAUCUUUGCCUUCCACUUCACGAGCACCCCGAGCCGUAGACGAAGAAAAUGCCAACACGGAGGUCCCCGUUCGUGCUCCACGGGUCAAACGCUCAAAGUCGGCGUCUCAUGCUUCCUCGGCCUCUCUCAUGCAUCGUCACUCCCACAUGGCCUCCACUUCCAAAAAUCCUUUCAAGAAGUUCAAGAAAUUCAUUCUCACGAAACUUAAAGAAAGCCUCGAUGAUCUCUCGGAUCGGAUGAAGAAGAUGGAGGACCGUGAGAAUCGCCAAAAGCAAAACGAGGAUCGUGCUUCUAGACGCCGCUAAGUGUUGAGCAUUUGACAAUAUUGAUCAAACAUUAUAUAUUUUGCCUAAGUUUUAAAACUCUUUGUCAUGUUUAUGUUUCAAACUCUUAUUUAUGCACUUGUAUGACUCAAACUCCUUUGUUGUUGAAGAAUGAAUAUUUUCCAAUAAU